AUGCUUAGCAAUUUCUUUUUAGAAAGUAGCCGUAGAUUACCAGAGUUCGACGCUGGCCAGUUACUAGAUGAAAUAUGCAUAUUUUGGGUAUUGAUGGCAGGAUAUGCCAUAUUUUUACCAUCAACAUACCUUCCUCAAUCGUGGCGUGUACAACGACAUCGCUUUGUAUACGGAUGUAUUAUAAUAGCCAUGAUAAUAACAUGUUUAUCCGUCGUCUAUCCUUAUGCAAAUGCAUUUGCUCUGAUGUUACUUGGCUUACCGGCAAUUUUGUUUAUGGCCACACAUACAGCAAGAUGUGAUAAUUAUCGGAUUAAACGUUUAGGGAUUCGCUGUUUACUAUUAUGGACAAUAGCUGUUACCACUUGGAUAUGUGAUCGCAUAUUUUGUCGAUUUUGGUUGAACAUCUCGUUUCCUUAUUUACAUUCAAUUUGGCAUGUAUUAAUUAUGUUUAGCAGUAAUCAAGUCAUCGUUAUAUGUUCAUACCUUAUAAUAAAACAAAAACAUUCGCAAGCACAACUAGAUUUACAUUACUGGCCGUACGAGCAUUUGGAAUAUUUCGGGAUACCAUACAUUAAAUUUGCAGACGAUAAUGAUUCGUUUACAAAGGAUUACAUAAAAGCAAUGAUAUAA